AUGGGUGGUGUUGCAAUAUACGCUAAAGACUGCUUAGCUGAACAUAUUGCUCCCAUUGAUGUGCUAAAUAAGUGCAAAGAACUAAACUUGGAAGCAUCAAUGAUAAAACUAAACAAAGGAAACAGCAAACUGUUCUUGCUUGGACUAUACAGACAACCAAAGGCUAAUUUAGAUGAAGCCUUGGAAAGGCUUUCUACAAUAAUAGAAGAAACAGCAGCCUACAAGUAUCCAUUGAUCAUCAUGGGUGACAUUAAUGUUGAUAUUCUAAAGACUGACACCAACACAGCUAAAUUAAAUGAAGCACUGGCCAAUUUUGACAUUGAGAGACUAUCUAUACCUCCUACCAGAGUGACAAACACCACUUCAACUUCAAUUGACUGUGUCUGUGCAAAUCACUACACAAAAGAUUUGGAUGUUGAGGUAAUACAUACUGGCAUAUCUGACCAUAAGGCCCAAAUAUGCAACCUCAAAAUUUCACUGCCAAACUCAACUCAACCAGGUCAGAUCAUCCGACACUUCCGUGAGGAGAAUAUUUAUCACCUGAAGUACCUCCUAGCAGAAAAUAGCUGGCUCAAAGUUCACAAUGCCAUAAAUGUUGACCAAGCCUAUGAAAGUUUCUCCAAAUCACUGACUGCAACUAUAGAGAUGGCUUGCCCAAAAAAGAAACGAAGACCAAGAAAGAAGAAAAACUUAGAUAUGUAUGACAAUAAAGACGCACUUUUACUGAAGCAAGCCUACCUGCAAGCUCUCUCUAAAUUUGAACUGACAGGAGAUAUUGAAGACAAAGCAAUCUGCACUGAUGCAAAGAAAAGGUACGAUCUAAAACUAAAAUCCCUGUGCAAACAAGCAACUGUAGAAUACAUAGAAAAAUCUGUUAACAAACCAAAAGCUAUGUGGGAUACAAUAAAUAAGGAACGAAAGAAGCAAGGACAAAGGGAGCCACAGAUACAGCUGAAAGUGGACGGAAAGUUACUGGACGAGCCACUUGAAGUGGCAGAACAACUAAACAACUAUUUCAUAAAAGCUGCUGAUGAAGCACUAAAAAAGAGUGACGUGACAAGAACUGCCAGAGCUAACCCUAUCACAUUCACAUGUGACAAAUAUCUUUCAGAGCUGUCAUUCACCAAUCCUGAAGAAGUAUCAAAAGUAAUUAAAACAUUUAAACCGAAGUGGUCUGCGGGACUGGAUGAGGUUCCCUCACAACUUGUAAAAAUCUGCUUUAAAGAACUAAUAACUCCAUUAACCAGCAUAAUUAAUAGAUCAUUUCAAGAAGGACAAUUUCCCAAGUGCUCUUAA